AUGGCCCAUGAGCUUUCCACGAACUUCACUCAGAAGGCGUCCGGAAGUGGCGAGCUUUUGCUCUCGGACGUUUGGGCAGAGGCGGUCUGUCCAUGGUUCUUCAACCCGCCGCUCCACACGGACAGCAAAUUCCUCAAGUGCUACAACAGCGAUCUCUGCGACCCGGAAGAGGAUGGGGAGGACUGCUGCGCCACGAGAAAGGGCACCUUUAUGUGUUCCUCGUCAGCGCCGUACAUGUGCAAAUCCAAGACCAACGGCAAGGCUCCGUCAGACUACUUCUGUGUCAAGGACAAUGCCGACUGCGAGGAAUACGACGGUCGCCGUCCGUGUGAGGGCCCUCCCGGUGACGAGGGCAGCGUGGGGGAGCCAGGCGAGGAUGGCCUUCCCGGCGAG